AUGGAAAGUCCAAUAUCUAAAAUUUUUAUAUCAGAUGGAGGUUCAUUAAAGAAUUAUGAUUAAAUUUAAAAUUAUGGGGAAAUAAUCAGAAUUAAUGAAUUCGAUGCUCUUAAAUUUGGAUUUAAAUUGUUAGAUGAUAUAAAAUAAAAAACAUACAUUACUUUUAAUAAUGGUAUUGAAUAUUUGUAAUUGAGGGUAUUUUUUUAAUAAAAAUAUAUUUUUGGGCUUCAAUAUAUCCAUUUAUAUUGUUUAAUAUAGGAAGUGGAGUUAGUAUAUUAAAAUUUGACAAUGAAGAUUGAUUUGCAAGAAUCUCAGGCACAUCUUUAGGUGGUGGAAUGUUUUUAGGAUUGA